AAAAAAAUAAUAAAUAAAAUUUCUUUUAUAUUUUUUGGUUAAUUUGAUAAUGAUAAAUAAUAGAAAUUAGGAAAAUAAUUUGAAUUUGAAUUUUUUUACUGAUUUUUAAGCUGAUGAGGCAUUGACAUGGCGUGUUGACCGUCCAAAUUGACGGUCAAACCAUGUGUCGGGCCAAUUGAGUCUAUAUGUUGUAUAUUUGAGGUCAGGAUGUUAAUUUCUGAAACCACGGGCCAAAGUUGAUUAUAUGGGCAUAGUUUAGGCCAAAAUAAGGUAUUAAUCCUUUUUUCCAUAUCAUCGAGUUGGGGGACUUUGAAAGGCAGGAUUGGGGUGAAUUGCAAGUUGGUCACUCAUUUAUCUACUUGUAACACUUUAGUCACUCGAAUCAAUUUUCCUAUAAUUUAGCCACCUUUGUUACAUGUUUAUGUCAUCUUUGAUCACUCGCCGUCUGGGUCCGUUAUGCUCCGUCAACGGCGUUACACUUUUGUUGGCGUGGUAAACGAGGGUGCCAAGCUAGCAAACUCAAUGUCGAGUCACAGGUUUUUAAUCCGAACCAAUUCAAACCCGACCCAUACAAUGCGAAGAAAGAAUCCGCCUAUUAAGCUAACAACCCGCCCCGUUGACCCAAGUCGAUUAAGUAGCAAAAUUUAAAACAAAGGGAUUUCAGGUAGAAGAAACGAAAGACAACUUCAUCUCCCUUUCUUCUUUCUCUCAUUCGAGUGUCCAUAGCAGAAGAAGAUUGCACGCAUCUCAUUCUUUGAAUCUUUGUGUGUUAAAGAUUUCUAACGCCAAUCGUUUCUUCUUUUCUUCUCCUUCGUUUGGUUACCCAUACAUCACAAGCUGUUGCGAUUGUUAGAUAGAUUACGAAAAUCGAAACCCUAAAUCCACCAAUUGAAGUUUGCUACCAAUUCUCUCGAUUCAGUUGCUUUACUCUUCUUUUGGGGGGUUGGCAUGCAACAAGGGAGCAGUUCUAAAGGUAAAUAUUUUGUUAUUUGAGUUUUUUUGGGUUCAGUGUGGGUUUCUUAUGAACAAACCGAAAGGGGAUUUGACACAUCGUCGGGGUUUUCCAGGUUGAUAUUCGAUUCUUUAUACUUAAAUUGCAAGUUGGUGUUGUUUUUCUCAUGUUGUCGGACUCUUCACCUAGAAUGACAGUGGGUCAUGUGCGGCCCCCAAAUGGUUCACUACCAAACUAUCGUAAGUUCUGUCAUUUUUAUGUUUUUUUAUGGAAGAAAGCAUUUGCAGAAGUGGCAAUUUGUUCUUUUCAGAAGGCAUUUUACUUUUAACCCACACCUGCCUUCCAUUUACUUUCUCAAUUGCAUUCUCACCAAUAUUUUUUUUUGUAGCCAAUAAGCGCAUGCAGUGGUGAGUCACAUUCGAAGUUCAUGUAGACCACGAGUUGAAGAAGAAGAAGAUGAUGAUGAAGAGUGGCAAACAUUUCUUGAAGGAGAAGUCUAGUGUGUUCUAUGACUAUGUCGACUUCGAUGAAUUGUUGCUCCUCGACUUGCCUGACAUCUAUGAGAAGUGUGGUGGGGAGAUUCAAAAUCCAAGACUUUAUUGGAAAGCUCCCUACAUUGAGUCAAUGUUGGAGAUUUCUAACGAUGGAGACUUGUUGAGCAUGGCUACAGUAGCUAAUGAUCAUCCUUGAAUCAUUAAGUUUUUUGCAAUUGGAGAGAAUGAAGUGAAGGAUUUUAUGAGUAGUGACUUGGAUAAAGAUGCAACCGAGUGUUCAACAAUGGAAGCCUUAUUUUGUGGUGAUUCCGAGGAAGAUGACAAGGACUACAAAAAAAGAUGAAGAUGACAGUGACUAUAAGGGUGAUUCUAUAACGGUCAACAGUGAUGGUGACAAUGAAGAAUUUGAGGAUAAUUGUAUUGAGGAUGUGGAAGAUGACUUAGGCAGAUGUAGUGGUGGAGACCCUGAAGAUAGGGAGGUAGACAAAGGAGAUGAGGAGUCUGAUUUUGUCGACUCUGAUGACCAUAGAACUGUUCACAGUUUAGAGGAUAACUUCGAUGAUGCACACGUGUCUGAGUUUCAUGUCGAUCGGGACAUGGAGAAGCCAAAGUUCUCACUUUGAUAAAAAAAUUUAGCAGCAAGUAUGUGUUGAUUGAGGUGAUAAAACACAUUAUUUCAUUGAGAAUUGACCAAUCUCUUUCUAGAGAAUGAUCGAAAGAGGCUACAAGCAGUGUGUGAGGGACCUUGUGAUUUGUACAUUCUUUCAUUGAGAAUCAACCAAUAUCUUGCCAAGAUUUAUCGACUCUCUACUUUACCUUCUGCUGGCAAGAAACUUUGGAGUCUUUUUUAAUUAGGUGAGGUUGGAGUCCCUGCUUCUAGUGAUUCGACAAAGAGAGGAAGAAAGCGAGACGAAAGGAACCCUAGGAGGCUGACAAAGCUAAGAAACAAAAGAAGGAUGGAAGGGAAGUGUCUAAACAACCUAGGAAAUAAUACAUGUGUACUUUAUGUGGUGUAGUUGGGCACAACAAGACUUUUCACGAUAAUCGAGCUGCAAAGGAACAAGCUCAUGCUGAAAGGAAGACACAAGUUGUCAUGGGAAAAGAAAGAAAAAGGAAGGAGAGGGAAAAAGAACAAAGGAGGAAGCAACAAGAAAUGUCUAAACGUAAU